AUGCCCAGCACGUCAUUAUUUGUUUCAUUACCUGAGCAUGUGGUUGACAUCAUCGUGUCAUUUUUGCCACAGGACGAUGUUUUAUCGCUAGCUCAAUGCAACUCCAAGAUGUACCAGCGAUGCAUCGACAAGCUAUACUCCAAAAUCAUGAUCCGCCCACUUGCUAAAAUAGACCCCAGCGUGGAAUCAGAACAAGGGUUGAUCUGGUCGGUUGUUGGUGGUACCAAACACAACGUGUAUGUCUCGGACAACACUGACACUGAGAUUUUCAAACGAAGACAGGAGUUUUUGCUCGACUCAUUGAAGACGAAUGCUGCACUCGGCAAGUUGAUCAAGGAUGUGGUGAUCUUUUCGAAUGAGAACACUAUGCUUGAACUGGUUCAGUGGAUUAAGGAAAAUGCUUUAAACUUGGAGAGUUUCAAGGUUAUUGGAGAUAGCCAAGCACUAAGACUUGGAGCGACCGAUUUCGCACGCCUGAAAAAUCUGAAGAAGUGUCAGAUAAACCACUUGACUGACAUAAGCCAUAUGCCAAACGGAAUCACGAGCAUUUCUAUAGGAUUUAUGGAGUCUUUCAAAGAUGAGGAAAACCAUAUGCGGAAUAAACAGGACUGCAUAGAGAAGUUGCUAGCACUUGACGAGAUACAGUUAUCUUCAGAUGAAGUGUCUUCUUUGGACUUUCUGAAGUGGUUUUUGGAUGACAUCGUGCUUGAAUUACCCAAAUUGAGACUCAAGCUGAAAAGAAUAAAAGUGAUUUUCUAUCAUGGUUUCGAUCACUAUAAUAUAUCGCUACAAAAGAUGGUGACCCAGUUUUUGUUUCUUCAUUGCGAGUUGUCCUGCCUCACUUCCUUGGAGCUCAUAAUGGGAUGCGACAAAUUGGGAUGUGGAUGCCUUACCUCAUUCGUUGAUAAUCUGGCCGGAUAUGAAUUCAAUAAUCUCACAAACUUGAAAAAUCUAGCCAUAGUCGAGAAGACGGUGAACAGGGACCACAACUUCUCUGAAAAUCUGGAUGUUAACAUUUGCCGACUGUUAACAAAUUUGCCUGAUGUUGGGGAGAAUCUACAAUAUCUCUCUAUAAGACAUACUCCACCUUUGGAUGGAGUUUUGAUAAACGGGUUCGAGGGAAACUAUAUCAGACGAAGAAACUUGUAUGAGAAGGUCCUUCCAACCUUGAGAAGCUUGAAGGUACUUAUAAGUCCUUCUUUCAUGCAAACAUGUUCAUGCUAUGAAGUACUCACUUCUGACUUAUUAUGGAACGGCUGCGAGUGUGAGUACUGCCUGAGUAUUCUCCCUCUUUUCGAUGAAUUUAUUAUGAAUCACAGUUACUUCAGCAAGUCAGAGGGCGUGGUCAAAGAUGUACUUUCAAUCACACUCUUCGGAAUGGCUUCAUCAAUCAUGGCCGAGAGAGUCCUCUCAAUAGAUGACAUCAAUGGAAACGAGAGCGAGUUUUCGCUAUUGCAAUACCCUUACAAAUCUGCUUACUGGGACUUCCACAAGCCGUUCUCGGUAACGUGCUUUGACGAUUACAACUGCCAUUUCAACAAAAGCGUUUUCGAAAGUCUGUGCAAAGUAGCCGGACAUUUUCUAUCGGACUACGCCAACAAUAUUUUCGGGAUUCUUCCAAAUCUCGACCUCGUGUGUUUUUCUGGUCAAAAGUUUUAUAAGAAGCAGGUUUAA